AUGGGCUCCCGCGUUUCCCCAGCUUCGCCGGUGACCGAUUCCUCAGCCUCCCGACCCCGCACCGCGGCCGGGUCUUCCCGCCUGGGGCUCACAGCCAGCGGGGCCGGGUGGGGAGUGGGGCGGCCACGGCUCCCGACCCCCAAGAACCCCACGGGACCCGGCUUCGCGAGCCUCCGCUUGGCGCCGCGAAUCCGGAGACAGCGUCUACAAGGGCCUGACGGCCAAAAACUCGAAUGCGAGGGAGGACUGAGCCUGGGGGUUGGCAGUGGAGGAGGGAGGUCGUGCUUGGCUUUAUUCCCCCCGGGGGAUGGGCUCGGCGGCGGAGAUGGGGGGAGGGGAGGGGGCACUGGCACGGCCCCCAGCCCGGCUGUUCGCCCGAGCCGGGUCCGGGGAGCUGGCGGCCAGCGGAGGAGACCCCGCGGCCCCCACUUCCCACGGCUCCGGGGACCCCGGGACCCCCGGUACCUGCAGCCCCUCGGAUCCCGUGCCUCCUCCUUCCCGCAGUGCCCCGAAUCCCGCAGCACCCCCAUCCUGCAUCCACCCUACUUCCCGCGGCCCCCCAUCCCGUGCCCCCCCGCUUCCCGCGGCAGUUCCCGCUCCCCACGAAUCCGUAGGCCCCCCGUCCCUGAAUCCCCCCUACCCCGGCUGCCCGCGGCCCCCUCUUCCCGAGCACCCCACUUCCUGCAGUCUCCCAAAUCCCGCGGCCCUGGAUCCCGUGUCCCGCCCCUGCCCCGCUUCCCGCGACCCCUGGCUUCUUGCAGCCCCCAAACUCCCGCAGCCCCCGGGUCCCGCAACCCCCGACCCUGCAGCCCCCCGCUUCCCGCGCCCCUCGGUUUCCUGCAGCCCCCCCCCGGAUCCCGUGCCCCCCGCUUCCCACGCUCCCCGGUUUCCUGCGGCCCCCCCCCGGAUCCGCAGCAUCGCAGUGGGAAGGGGGCCUGCCUGGUCUCCCCCGUGGGCGCAGCCUGGCCGGAUGCGCAGCCAUCGGAGUUCAGCACCUCUGCCUCCACUAAGGCGCCCCCAGACAAGGAGCUCAAUGUCUUCCAGCCGGUGAGAAAGGAGCGAAAGGGAGCCCAGGCCUAG